GCCGGCGGCGGCUGCGGCGCGCGUGCGUGCGUGGGGAGGGGGCCUGUGGGCGGCCGCGGCGCCCUCCGCAGAGAGCGUAGGCGGCGCCGAGAGCGUCUCUGUUCGUUGAGAGCUGGGAAUGGGCAGCUGGGCAGGUAGGCGGGGGCGCGAGGAGGCUGGAGCCCAUGGGCGGCCGCGGGGAUGCGGUGCUGAAGCCGGCGCUCCGGAAGGCAGGUGAGGCUGCGGGGGGCGGACUUAGCCCUGUGGGAGGUCACACGCGGCUUCAGCACAGCUUUCCCCUGGUCCCAGGCCUGCCUGAAGCUGCUGCUGCUUCGGGCUGUGGCGAAUGCUUUUCGUCGUUUUGGCGGGGCGUCCAAGCCCUCAGCCCUGUGCGCCCCCCUUUGGGAGUAAAGCUCCCCUCGCCCUCUUUUGCACUUAGGGGUUUCAUUCCUACGGAAACGUGCCUCCAUGGAUGGAAGGGCUCUUUGGAGAGACGCUUCUCUUCCAUUCCGAAUUAAAGCCUUUCUCCUCCCUUAAUGUCGUCACUCAUAAAUUCGAAGUUAGUCAUCGCCCCCACAGCCGCCAGGUUUGGAUGUGUUGCUCCGGAACCUUCGCUGCGGAGCACGUUAACGCGGUUAUAACAUAAGCCACUUUACUGAAGCGUCGCUUUAAGGCGGUUUAGACCAUUUUUGUAAGGGGUGCUUUAAUUGGCUUAGAUAGACACACGAUCAGUUUCAAGUGGGCUCUUUAGCUGUCUGCCGUGCUUGCAACAGUCGCGGGUGGUGCAUUUCGGAUUGCAUCGUUCUCACUGAGUCACUCGUGCAAACGCACAGACAGGCCCAUUCCCACCCACGUGUGCCUCCCUAAAUACUAAGAUUUGCAGUGAAGGCUUUUUUAUGGGUUGAGAGGUGGGUGGGAAGAAGGAGGCUGCAUGCAAGAGCGUUCUAACCACUGGAUCUAAGCAAGUGUUAGACUAUAAAGCAGACUAGUUUCCUGCAUUGAGGUGAUAGUCUGGGUGAUGGGCCAUUAAGAGAACAAAGGAAAAGGGGCUCUGUGGGAGAGACCAAAUACAGUGGUACCUCUAUUUAGUUUGUUCCGGAGGUCCGUUCUUAACCUGAAACUGUUCUUAACUAGAGGCGUGCUUUCGCUAAUGGGGCCUCUUGCUGCCGCUGCGCCACUGGCACACGAUUUCCGUUCUCAUCCUGGGGCAAAGUUCUCAACUCGAGGUAACUCUUCCAAGGUUAGCGGAGUUGUAACCUGAAGCGUUUGUAACCUGAGGCGUUUGUAACUCGAGGUACCACUGUAGGUAGACCCUCUCCCUCAACUCAGAGAUAAUUAGGAGAACGAAAACGAGCAUUUGAAGUAGAGUUUUGGGGCUGUGAUUUGAACUAGAGGGAAAGCAGCAAGCUGCAGAGUCAAUCAGAGCAGCAUGUUUGAUUCUUGUUUGAAUCCAAGGCUGCCGCAAUGGGAGAAACAAGACCCUUUUGGGGUGCUAAUGCUGUGAACCCCUCCAUGAUAGGCUCAGGUUGUAUAUAUGUGUAAAUAGACCAUAUACAGUAUCAUAAAGACAUCACAGUCUCUGCUGUGCCUCUUUUCCAAAAGGAAACAUGAGCCCUGACCAAGUGCCUGGAACCCCUGGAGUCUCGUACUGCUUGGAGAUUGGGCUGGUGUGCAACAGUACAUAGAAAAGAUAGGGUUUUCUCAGUUAUUGCACCAAACCUGUGGAAUUCCAUCUCAAGGGACACUAAACAGACACUUUUGCUUCUAGCCUUCUAUUGUGCAGUUAGAAAGCAUUUUACGUAGAUUGACAUGCUUUAUCACCAUUUCUUUCUUUUUUUAAAAUGUAUUUUUGUUAAAGAUUUUCUUGGUUUACAACUUUAUCACCAUUUCAUACUUUUACAGAAUGUCACUGGUUGCUUAUUGUGGGAAUUGUUGUCGAAAGAUAGGAACUCUUGGUUCAGCCCAGAAGACUGACCAAUCAUGGAAAGACAUCCGUAAGUGCAAUUCUAUGAUUACUAGGUUAACGGAAAGACAUUAAUCAUUAUUUUUACUGAUGAGUUGUUUCCAGAUUGGCUGGUCAUCAUUUUACGGGAAGGUCUUGUUUAAAACGAAUAGAUGAUACAGUAUCUACAGUCAGCUCUGUUUCAGUUGCGGUUUUCCAAAGAAAGAGGCUAGCCUUUAUGUUACCAUAUUUUUUGGCACUUGUGAAGAACUUUUUUAUUUUCCAUUCAUUUUAAUCUGAAGAUCUUUUAGUACCUCUAGCUCUGUUGUAUUAGUGUUUCGCUGCUUCUGGUUUUAUUUAUUUAUUUUAACUUACACUGUAGUUUUUCUGCUUUGACUUUUCAUUUAUAAGUUUUAGUUCCUGUUAAAUAAAUAAGAAAUGUCAAUGAGUACAAGUCAUAUUUCAUUGUCAUUCUCCUUGUCACUGGAUAUUUUCCGUUGCGUAUGCUACAGUGGUAGAGGAUGAGAAUCUUGCCUUUGAUCAGGCCAUGUUUGUUGGUUCUACAUCUGAUAAUUCGACUAGAUGACCAUCGUGAUCCCUUCCGACUCUACAAUUCUGAGAUUCUCUUAUCAUAGUCUUCAUCAUGUUCUGCCUCCUACCAGCAAUUUGUGACUUCUUUAUAGGUCAACUGCAAUCAGCUGAUGAAUCCUAAUUCAUAAUUUGUGACUUGCUGAAUUAAAAAGUAUUUUUUAAAAUACAGAGCAGCUUAAAUAUUCUUUUCUAAUACAGAAACCUAAUGCUAGUGAUGGAUAAGCUUGCAUGUCUCUGAGAUGCUGCUGAACCAUAGCCAUCUGGGGGAAAGGUGAACAAUGCUGAUUAGAGUCAUCAGUAAAAGUUAAGCACCUUAAUACAACUUAAUCCUCCAAGUACCCGACUGAUGCUGUUUAAGUGAAAGUAGCUUCUGGUGGUGCAUCCCUUUAAUCAUGAUUAGUAAUUUUAAACUUAUCAGAAUGAUGAUAGAAGGAGCAUGUCUGUAUAAAAAGCAGUGAAGUUGCUUCUGCUAAUGGAAACAAAAAUGACUUUACCAGCCAGAUCCUAUGCAUGUUUAUGUGGAAGUAAGUCUCAUUGAGUUCUUUGAGCUUUAUUGCCAAGCAAAGGUGCCAAAGAUUGUAGGAUUUGUACAAAACUCAUUGUGACUUACCCUUCAGAUAAAUGUGUAAGAUUGCAGCUUUAUUUUUUAACUUUUUGUUUUAUUUAUUAAACAUGAAGAAGCAAAAUAUGGUUACAUACAGAAUCAUAACAGAACACAAUCUAAGGCAAAUUGUAAAACAUAGUCAUGAGAGCUGCAGCUUUAACACUGUUCUUAUAUCUACAUUAGGUUGGAGUCAGAGAAAGUUAGUUGCUCUUGGUUCGUAACUUUUCACAUUGACUUAGGGCCUAAGACUGCAGCCUAAAUUAGCCGUACUUAACUUACCUGGGAGUUAACCCCAAGUGAAUUCAGUAGGACUUAUUUCUGAGUAGACCUGGUUAGGAUUGCACUGUAAGGCUGGAUCCAUCUGAUUACUGUUUAUGAUGUGAUGAAUAAUUCAAUAUUUUAAAACCUGAUUUUUUGCAUAUACAGUGACACUUUUUUAUUUUUAUUUUAUUUUUAAGGGAAAAUAGCAAAAUUAACUGGCUCACUUAUUCUGAGGUAAGUUUGAAUAUGCAAACAUCCAAAUAGUUAACAUUGAAUUAAAAAUGAAUGUAGAUAUAUGUGUGUGUGUGUAUCUGUACCUCCGGAAAAUACAGUGGUACCUCUAAUUACGAACUUAAUUUGUUCUGGAGAUCCGUUCUUACCCUGAAACUGUUCUUAACUAGAGGCAUGCUUUCGCUAAUGGGGCCUCUUGCUGCCGCUGCGCCGCCGACACACGAUUUCCGUUCUCAUCCUAGGGCAAAGUUCUCAACUCGAUGUAGCUUUUCCAAGGUUAGCGGAGUUUGUAACCUGAAGCGUUUGUAACUCGAGGUACCACUGUAAUGUUAAUGAACUUUUGUAUUAAUUUUUCAUCUGUUUGCAUGAUGUUCACACACUUGUGGUAUAGAAGUAUGGUUGCGUCACAGGACCUCCAAUUUUUCUUCUUCCCCUCCAGUCCUUGAUCCUCCAGAGCAAAUUGUUGGGGAAGACAGGAGAGCAAUGAGGGGAGAGGAGAGGAGCCGCACUGUGUGAGCAGAUGCUUACUUGUGGCACGUUAGAUGUUCCCCAACAUGUGAGGAACACUAUGAAUCUCAGCCUCAUCUAAAAAUAUGUGUGAAAUAGGCUUCAGCAACUUAGCAAUGAAGGCCACUUCAGAAGUAAAAUAUAAGCAAAUAUACAAUGCUGGAGAUGUAAUUUUUUAAAGAGAUAAAUUAUUGUUGAAUAUUGCAUUUAAUUCAUUGUUUGGAAAGUGUACCUUCUAAUCUUAAAAGUGCGAAAAACAAUUGAUUUAGACUUCCUGUUGACUUUCCACUUUGCUUCUUAGCCAUUAGCAAUUUUUACCUUCCUAGGUUCAAAAUGGACAUUAAAAAAUUAAUCAAACUUGCACUUUUAAUGCUCAUUUAAGGAGUAGGUCAGCUGUGUGUUGCUUACUCCAGUGAAAAGCAUUGAACACUCACUGUGCAGUUGAGUGGCAUGUGCAAAGUACUUCAACCUUGUGACUGUUCUUUGCCUCCUUGUUUGGCAGCUGAAUACUGUGGAUCCUAUUGCCAAAGGAACUUAUGUUACUGCUUCAAUCAAAGUUUGCUCAGACUUGGGAAUAAGCAGGGGGAAGUGGUGGGUUUGGUGGUAGUUUGCCCUCUUCUGUACUGCUCCAGGCUUCAUUGCUGACAACAGAUAUCUUGUCUUCUAUAUUUUAAAAUUUGUGUUGGAGAUAAUCCAUCUAAAGUUCCCAGACUGCUGUAAAAGAACUGCUAGGAUGUCACAAGAUGAAUCUGCCUGCUGCACAUCUGCAUGGUUCACUGGUCAGGCCUUUCCUAACCAUGAUCUGAGUUACUGGAUUUGAAUGUCACAGGGACACUUGUUUAAGAAACCAAAUUAACUUUGCUAAAGCUGAGCACAACAGGGAGAGGUGAGGAGGGAGUGAAUGGGCAACAGCUUCUUCCUGGGCUGAUAAACCAUGGUUUAUUGGACCAGAUUGGUAUGCCUGAACUAGCCCAUCAUGUUUAAAAUUCAGAGAACCGUACAUACAUAUGCUUCCAAUCUGCAUCUUAAGAAAAGUCAUUUUUGAAUUUUUGUAUUAAUACUUAAAUGAUAUUUUUCUUUUUAAAGUGGUUGCAUCUUUGCUAUAUAUGAAGUUCUGGCUUUAAGGAAGUUGUUCUCUUUUGAUACCCAAGUGGUACAGCAAGAAAAACUGAAGUCCUACAUUUAUUUACAAACAGUUUCUUUAGAUCCCAGUGAAUAUCAAGGUAAGAGACCGUUGGGCUUUUAUGUUAUUCAAGAAAUAAUGUAGAGAACAAAGAGGGGGUGGAAAUAACAUGAAUUCUAUGUUUAAUAAAGAGUACUGCAGUGCUGAGAUUAGUAGCCAAAUUUACUUUACAAGCACCAGGAUUUUGCCUAUAUUCUUUCAGAAUUCAGGUUGAAGAAAUGCAUCUUCUGACUGGAAGUUUUCUUAGUCUAUGUGCAGAGCUCUUAAGAGUGCUGCUGAUUUUACGAACACUCAUUCCUAGAAGCCAGGGCAAGCAGCCAAGCCCCAUUAAUCCUCAAGCAUACCUGGGAGCCAGCCAUUGCUUGGCCUGCAGCACUAUACACCUGGUGACAUUGUACAGUUUUUCCUGGUUGGCAGGUUUUGUCAUAAUUGGAGCCCAAAGAAAUGUGUGUGUGGGAGGGAGAGUUUGUAAUAGGACAUUAUCUCUAUAAGAAAUGUGCUUAAUAUGACAGCAGCCUUUAUGUAUCGUAUGACCCUAACUAAAUCUGCACUUUUGUUGUUUUUUAAUAGGGAUUACUUACCAAGUGAGAAAAGAACUUCACAGAGCAGCAAGGAAAAUACUAGAAACAAAUGCUAGAAUUUUUCGAAGACCAUUUGAUGGUAGGUUUGAUCAAAUCUGCUAUAUCUUAAGAGUGUUAUUCCUAGGUUUAGCUAUUUAACUUUGCUCUUUGCCUCUGACAGUGUCCAUUGAAAUGCCCUGUGUAGUUCACAAGAUGAUCAUGAUGGCGAAGGCAUAAAGCCCAGCCUCCUUACUGCCUUGCCUGUUAGCUCUGCCUACAUCAUUCGCUCCAAACCCAGUUCCUUGCUUUCCUGUUCUGUAGACUGCUUAUUGAGUGUUUUCAGUUCUGCCCUAGCUCAGCUAGGUCUGCCUACCUCUGAAUAACUAUAUUUUAAGGUAACAGGUUUAGAGCUACAUAAUGGCAAAGCUGUGAACCAGAAAGGUCCCAGGUUCAGUCGCAGCUCUGGCAUCAACCCACUAGGUGAUUUAACACAAGCCACUAUAUCACAACCUGAUGCAGAUGAUAAUACUGACUUGCUGAACAGGAUUGUUGUACAGAAUAUUGCACUUAGAACACUUUUAAGCACAGCUUACAUGCAGAGCAUAAUUAAUUACACAAUAAUGGUUUUAUCAGUAUACAGCAUACAUAACCAUUUCUUCUGUCCUGCUGCACUUUCAGCUCAUUUCUGUGUACUGUUUUUAUUUUUAUUGGUAAACUGCCUUGAGUCCCUGUCAGGGAGGGCAAGGCAGAGUUUAAAUAAAUGUAUAAUAAUUAUAAUGUUGUAGAAAUAAUGAUUCCAUCUGUUGAAUAAUAUGCUUUAAAAUGUCGCUUCUGGAAGAAGUUAUCUUCAUUUUCUGCUGAUAAUGCAAAGUUUAAUGAACAACUGCAAUAAUUUGGUUCUUAUUUUAUUUUAUUUUUGAGUAAAGAACGCUUCAGUACUUUUGACGCAGAUGAGCAUGAGUGUGCCUUGUGGCUCCUUGUGAAAAGAAGCCAGUCGGAAGAUAAAAUGGUCCGAUUACAAGCUGUGCAGGAAUUAGCCUCCAAUUGUUACUGGCAUGGUAAGGUAUUCUGUUAUGAAAGCUAGUGUUUUAACUUGUGGCCCUUAACUCACAGUUAUUACUAUGGAAAGAGCCCUCAGGCUAAGGGAUAGGAAUACAAUCUAAGAUAAAAUUCUCCUGUGAAGGAGAUUUGUGCAGGAGCGGAUCUCAGUAUUUUGUUUUUUUAAAAUAGGGGGUUUUGUACAUAUUUAACUUGUACAUAUUUUGUAAAUAUUUAACUUGGGUUAUGCUCACACUAGUGGGUGUACAUUGGAUAUAUUUCCUAUAUACCGGAGAAUCACUGCAGCAUUUUCAUAUUUGGCAUCCUGUUUAAUCUCAGGCUUCAACAUGGGAUCAACUUCUGAAUUAUUUACCAGAAAAUUAUUUAGAAAAAAGCUAGGACUGAAUAUCCAGUUUUGACUCGGCUCUACAACCUACCCAUUGAAGUCCAAUGCUUUAAGGAUUAUAUCAAUGUUCAUGUGAGCGCCUGGUGUAUAAAUUUAUAAAUUGACAAGCUAAGUUUAAAAAAAACUAAAUGUGGACACUAGGGUUUCAAAUCAGUGCUGCAGCUAUUCCCCCCCCCACCUGAAAAAUUGAUAUACCUAUUUUAAUCUUAUAUGUGUUCAACACCUUAGUGCAUACAGUCCUUUCCAAACUGAAAGAUGGAAAGUCUCUCCCUUUUCUGUUCCUCCAUACAUUGUGAAUUACCAUAUGUCCUUACUUACUUUCAUUUAUUAAUUACAAAUUUGUAUUGCUUGCUUACUUGCAUGGACUUUACAAAACUUUAUAAACAAAGGCAAAUACUUCAAGUUUGUUUAAGUCCUAACUCUAUUUGUUCUAAUACAGAUUAUCAGUAUAGGACAGCUGCCCAAGCAAGUGAUCAGAGAACUACUAUUGGUUUAGCUCGAAGUAAAGAUGUUGACCUGCGGUUUUUCCUGCUACCCCAUCUUUUACCAAAACAAAAAGAUGUACGUAUUAUGAAAUCCAGACUUCACCAUUUUUCAUAGAAGUAUUUUGAAAUCUGGUGUCUAGGAGUUGACCCAUAUAGCUGGUGUAACAUAAUAACUGAUUUACAUUCUCAUCUAUGUGGAUUAACAACAUUUUGAUAUCUUAAGAGUUGGUUUGACAUUUCCUAAGUUAAGGAAGGUAUCUUUCAUUAUCCAGUCCCUAUGGCUGAUGGCAACUUCAAGAUCAGGGCUUAGAUUCAAGGGGCAGAGUCAUGGUGCAGCCUGGAAUGAACAGAGUGAGAAGAGGAGAUGAGAUCAGGGAUAUGUCAAGCCAUGCCAUCCCUGGGAGUGUAGAGGCAGGGACAGAGAAAUGAACUGAAGUCUGUAGGCAAACAGACAGCUUGGCAGGGGGUUGGACUCGAUGGCCCUUGUGGUCUCUUCCAACUCUAUGAUUCUAUGAUUCUAUGAUUCAAUGUAUUACAAAGGAGGUUGCUCCAUAAGCACGAACAUUGCUGCUUGCAUGAUGGAACAAUCUCCCCUCUUGUCCUCUGGUGUGCUGUUCUGGGGGUUCUCCCCUCCCAAGCCAAUUUGGGGAGCUUGAGAGGCGUGCUGAGGGAAGGGGAAGCUCAAUUGUGCAGGCCUCAGUUAGUAGGAGCAGUCAGUUGAAUCCAGCCCAUAGCAGGAAAGGGAAAGAUCAAAGGACAAAACACAGUGACAUAAAAGAUUAAUUGGAAUGAGUGCAGAAGGUGAGGAGUGGCAACUAUUGGAUGCUCAGACUGGGGUCUGCAAACUGUCCUGGAAACAGUUAUACUUUGCAAAACUUAGGGCACAACUGAACUACAUGACAGACUGCUCUUCCAGGCAGGCUGGGACGUGUCUCCCUAAACUAGCCUUGGCUAGAGCUAGCAGUGAGCAGAAACAUCUAGAGAAAUCUUCAUCCUUGUACCACAUCUGGAAGUCAGUUCAAAUUGCUGUUAUUGUUAGGUGGCCCUUGCUGUGCAUAUUAUGGAGGGCAAGAUGAAACAUAUGGAAGCAGUUUCCAAGAUAUCUAAGACCCAUGGCAUCUAGGGCAGUAACGUCAAUAGCAGUUAGGCACAACAUUUUUCUGAUGUGAACUGGACAUUUCACACGGUUCAGUGUUUUUACAUAAUUUCCUGGUGCCUGCUGUUGUGGGAGGUGUUAACAGGUGUUUUUGGUUUACAUUACAGGCUUGUUAUUCAGAAGAUGAACUUCUGCUGUUGCUGGCAGCUUUACCUCAGACAGAUCUUGACCCAUGUGUACAAUAUUUUACAUCAUUGGCUUUAAGAGAAAGCAGCCAGACCAUCGCUGCACGAAAGGUGUGUUCCUAACUCUAAAUAUUUUGACAAAAAUGGAACAAUGCAUGCUCUGAGUUACCAAUGAAGGUGGAAGAGGCUUGACCGAACAAUUUUAUCCUGAUGUCUGUGUUUACCUAAUCUGUCUUCCAGUUAAUGUGUGAAACCAUUAAAAAACCACUCUGUCUGCCAAAUUUUAUGUACCAUUCUGUGCUAGCUUGCCUUUUUCCUUCUCACUAUUAUUUCCAGCUCUUAAUAUGUUCUAGGAAUGGAAAAUCCUUGAAUCCUUGUUGGGUGACUCCUGACACACACAGUAACAUUCUUAAGGAAAUGUAUAUUUUGUCUUGAGAAACAAAGUCAGGAUAACAUAAAGGCUGGUGAUUAUUUUUUAAAGAAAAAAAUUAUCAAAAAUUCAUUUCCAAGUUCAAUAGUUUAAUAGUUUGGGAGGUAAUCUUAAAAGCAGGAAAGCUCUGCAGUGCUUCAGGCCUGCCUGUUUACUAUCUUGCUAACUAGUCCUAGCUACCAUAAACAGGAAUCAUUAGCCAGUACAUCUUAUGGAGGCUGGAAGUUGGACCUCUCUUCCAUUUGCCCCGUCUAGUUACCAAGAUGGCCUAAUUCUUAAAUGCAAAUUUUACAAACCUAGUUGUAAAGAAAGCUUUUAAUGAUGACUUCUCUUUUUUGAAAUGAAUUGAAAUAUAUUCCUGAAUAUAUAUAUAUAAUUUAUUCCAGGGGGGCUUAUGGUGUUUUGGUGGAAAUGGGCUUCCUUAUUGUGAAAGUCUCAGUACUGUUCCUUCAAAGGCUGUGGAACUCUUCUGCUUACAAGCCUUAGUGCAUCAUUCCAAGGUAAUUCUGUAGCAACACCACCACCUUCUUAAGCCUCUGCAAAUAAAUGCCUGUUUCCUAGAUACAAUUUCUAUAAUGAUUUCUAUCUGGAUAGAAGACAAAACAUAUCACAAACUAUUUGCCAGCUAAUCCUGCCUAAUUUCAGAUUCCUAGUCAUUGUGAUGAAAUUGAAGCAAGUGGGGGGCUUCAGCUGCUGCAAAAACUAUACCAAAUCCGCAAGGAUUCCCCCAAAAUACAGAGGAGCAUCAUUCACAUAAUUGGGAACAUGGCACUUAAUGAACAGCUUCAUUCAUCUAUAUUUCGUGCAGGUAAUAGCAAAGCUUAUGGUCUCUGAAAAAUGGAGAAUUAAUGAUAAAAGAAAUGGGACCCUGUAGCGUUUUCUUUAUAAUAGCCGCAGAUGCUUUUUAUUCUUUUGGGUUCAGUGGGGCUUGCCUCCAGGUAAGUGGGCAGAGGACUGUAGUCUGAGAUAAUGUGCCAAGUGGUCCAAGGUGAAAGGAAUUCAUUGCUGGAUUAUGAAUGAACCUUAAUGGAAUAACAUAAUUAUGCAUAAGUAUAGCCUACUAAUGUAGGCGACAUGUUUCCUUCUAUUAUUUAACACUUUAAGCCUAUUUAUACAGUCAGCCCGAUUAUCCAUUCUUAUCUGUUGAAUAUCUGAUGCAUUCUCAUUCUGAGAACUGCAUAUUAAAUGGAUGUUUAGAAAAGGGUGGUGGUCCCUCCGUGUGCCAAUACUGCAGUGAUUCCAGAAGUAGGGCAGUUCCCUACAUUCUUAUCAAAUGUGGAUAUGAAAUAAUAAAAUAAAAUAAAAAGAACUGCAGCUGGUAAGGCAUUUUCAUCAGUGGGCUGUGUCAGGUAGAAGGCUGCUUGUUCAAAUGCUCCCCUGCAAGCAGACAAGUAGCAUAUUGGAGGAAGGCUAGGCUGGGCCCUUUUCCCUUAUAUGCUAGUUCUAAAAGUGCAAGGAGAGUUUUUAAAAUAGGAAAAUAUUUGAACAGGCAACCCCUCUCGCAGACUGCUCUUGUUGAGUCCAGAAAAAUAAACUUUACUGUGUGAUUUCCGCUGCACAUAUAGACUGACCACAAUUAAUCUUUGACAUAUUGAACUUUUUCUUAUAAGAACACCUGCAUUGCACCUUUAAAUGAUGAGCUUGAGAAACAAUAUCCAGCAGAGCAUCACAAUUUUAUCUUUUAGACACCAGAAAUCUUAUCAAACUUGAUGGAAACUGUCAAAGUACAUACUGCACAAAUCACUGCGUGUGUUUUUGUGUGUGUGUUUCCUACUGUACAGUAGCAGCACUUGUUUCCCUUUUAAAAUGUUUAAUAAAUGGAUUGCCCUUUUGGUCAGUGACAGGUGAUGAUACAUAUGCUUGCUUGAUUCAAUCCUAGGUUGGGUUUCUGUACUUGCUCAUAUGAUGAAGUCUCCACGUGUCAUGGAAUCCUCCCAUGCAGCAAGAGCCUUGGCCAACCUAGACAGGGAAACGGUGCAGGAGAAGUAUCCAGAAGGAGUAUAUCUUUUGCACCCACAAUAUCGAACCAAGUAAGGAGAGAGCUUCUAUAUACUGCCUCCUCCCUCCACUACUACCACUUCAUUACUCACAAUAAGCCUCUCCAUUCUAAAGUUCACCCGUUUCUCUGUGGAUAGAUUCCUCGCAGGGCCGGAUCAUAAAUGCUUGCUCCUUACAUGAUGGCUUGUAGGCGAACAUUGGCAUGUAUGAAAGGUACCUAAGAGAAAUUGUCUCCAGAGAAAGUUGCUGUGCAGCUAUUCCAUUUGACCCUACCUCGUGUACCCUUGCAACAGGCACGCACAUGUACAACGCUGCUUUGGAAAGGCUUAGGAAAAAAUAUGUCCGCCUUUAUGACUACCCUGUACCCAGGGCCAGCCCACCUGUGAUCCUUCCUCAGAUGGCAGGAUCCACAGGGGCAUCGCAUCCAGCCUCCAAAGAAUGCCUUGCCCACGGCUGCUGCCGUGGUGGCAGUAACAGCUGCAGUGCACUCCUUGGAAGCCAGACCUGCCUCUUCAAGGCUGCCUCUACAGUGGCCUCUGGACAAAUAGGAAGCACUGCUGGUCUCCUCCCAUCCUUGUUCCCGGUGUAUAUAUUUGUUUCCCACUUGUUCCUGUUGUAGAUCUUCACUCAUCCUUCUUUCCAGAUGGAUCAGCACCAUUUUGUGGUUCGCCUCCGGUGCAAAAAUGUCUUAGUCCAACACUGCCCAUACCAUUUAUUCUUCAUAGCUUCUCUGAUGGUGGACAGUACUUAGUGGUGGAUAGAGUGAGAAAGAACUCUAAACAUAUUAGUGUGAGUGCAAUCCUAUGCAUAUCAACUUGGAAUCGAGUCCCACUGAGUUCAGGGGGGAUUUCCCCAGAGGAAGUAGAUAUAGGAUUACAGCCCAGAUUGUUCCGUUUCACUCCAUCUUGGGGCAGAAAAUGUUCCCCCUAGUAGAAUACAUCCUGCAGUUGUUACGAAGUUCCUUUGUCUCAUUGAAAAGAGAGGCUCUGCAAUGCAAUGUUUUAGUAGCAGGCUCCAGUACAGAGAAACUUUAGGUAUUCCUAAAUUUCCUUAAACUCAGGAAGAUUAGACACAGUCUUAACCAUAUAUGUAAAUCUCACUAAGGUCAGGAGUUUGUCACCUUAGCUAACAUUUUCUGGAUUUGCCCUGCUGGUUCCAAGGACCAAGUACUUGCUGUUUUGGGGAGCAGUGUAAAGCUAUUUAAUACGUUGCAGCUUUGGGAAGUGUAGGCUGUAGAGAAGCAAGUGACAGGGAGCCCAGGGUCUGAAAGAAUGGCACAGAAGAAGACUUUUGGGGAAAAAAAGCAGAGGAGGGAAAAAAGUGAACCCAGAAGGGGCAAAGAAGCUUCACAACACUUAAAAUCGGUCUGGGAUUGUGUAUUGUGGAGGGUGAGGGGUGAAGAUAGGAGUAGUGGGGUGGUUAAUCAAAAUACCAGGUGGCUCAAAAGAAGUGUCUUCUAAGCCUAGAAUCUGUAGGGCUCAGUCAAUGUGUGUAGAAACUAGCUGACUGUACAAAAGUAAAAUUCACAUUUGCUACUGUGCUUUAGCAUGUGGCCCUCAGAAGGUUGCCCAGAAAGGAAUGCGGCCCUCCAACUGUAAAAGGUUAUUCAUCUGUGCUCUAGAUUAUAAUGGGAGAAUUCUUCCAUUAUGGCCUUUUCUAUUGCUACAGCAUUGCAACUGUGUCAACCAUAAGGCCCCACUGAGGGCCCCAAAAUACAUUUUGCUUCUGCCCAUUUUAGCUUCACAACAGCUGUGUGAGGUAGGUUAGGUUAAGAGCAAGUGACUGUAAGCUUCAUGACUGUGUGGAGAUUUGAACCGCGGUCUCCCAGCUGUUAGUCCAAAACUCUAACCAGUACGUGUGAUUUGGUAGCAGUUCUUUGGAUGCCGGCUUCUAGUAAUGCAUACUCCCUUUUGCAACUUCUUAUUUCCACUACCAGUGAGCCCAUUAAAGCUGAUGUCCUUUUCGUUCAUGGUCUUUUGGGAGCAGCAUUUAAAACAUGGCGGCAACAGGACAUAGAGCAGCCUGCUGCUGAGAAGGAAGUGGAUACGGAAGACGAUUAUACAGAGUGCUGGCCAAAGGUAUGGACAAUGCUAUUUUUCUAUGUAAAGAAGUGGCAGAACUCACUAUGAAAGCUUCCCUUGUUCUCUUAUAAUGGCAGUGGCGCCCACCUGAGAGGCGCCCAUGCAGAGAUUUAGUGGCACACAUAACUAAUCAACCAUCCAGAAUGACAACAGUGCUGUGGCCUGGAGUGAAAAUGCUUACACAGGUUUUUUUUGGGGGGGGGUGUACUGUGGUGGGGAUACCUUGUAUGCUAACACUGCAUUAAUGUUUUUUAAAAGAAAAAUGAGUUCAGAUUAUAAGACAUCUAGCAAACUACCGUAUUUUUCGCCCUAUAGGGUGCACUUUUUCCCCUCCAAAAAUGAAGGGGAAAUAUGUGUGCGUCCUAUGGGGCGAAUGCAGGCUUUCGCUGAAGCCUGGAGAGCGAGAGGGGUUGGUGCGCACUGACCCCUCUCGCUCUCCAGGCUUCAGAAAGCUCUGCGCAACCCUUGGGAGACCGGCGCCACUUCGCGCCCGCCUCCCGAUGGCUGCGCAGAGCUGCCUGCUGUCCUGGGCGGAGCGCAGCUCUGCGCAGCCAUUGGGAGCGGGGCGCGAAGUCGCCCCCGCCUCCCGAUGGCUGCGCAGAGCUGCCUGCAUUCCAAAGCCAGGGGAGACCGGCGCGACUUAUCGCUGGUGUCCCUAGGCUUGCAGAUAGCAGACUGUUCUCGGGGCUGGGACUGGGGGAAGCUCGGGCUUCCCCCGCGCCAGCCCCGCGCCUGGGGGGGAAAUAAUUUUUUUUUCUUUAUUUCCCCCCCAAAAAAACUAGGUGCGUCCUAUGGGGCGGUGCGCCCUAUGGGGCGAAAAAUACGGUACUUCAGAAAGAAGCUUCAGUUUCAAAAGAGCAUACUCUAUAACCAUACUUUACUCUUCCAAUUCACUGUCUGUCUUGAAAAAAGAUGACUAGUUUUGAUUUCAGUGCCUGAAACCCAAUAACUUUUGUGAAUCCAAUAUUCUGUCUUGUUUUCCUGUAUUCUCAAUGUAGACAUGGUUGGCAUCUGACUGCCCGUCACUUAGAAUUAUAUCUGUGGAGUAUGAUACACAUCUGAGUGACUGGAGAGCAAAAUGUCCCGUGGACAGCUACAGGUAAAAAAUGGAGGGCACACAAAUGGGGUGGGAAGUAGAAACUGUGUGAUUAUACCGAGGCAGACAUGGCGAUUUCCAUUUCUGCUUUGUAAAGCAUCUUGAAUUGUUUAGGAACUAAUGAUGGUGACAGUUGUAAGCAGCCUAAAUCCACAUUUGCAUUUGAUCAAAAUAAUUGAUCGUUUUUUGUAAGCUCCAGUUUCGCAGAAUUGGCUGGGCCAUCCUUUGGCACGUACGAAGCUGCCUUAUACCCGGUCAUAUCACUGGCCCAUUUUGCUUGGGGUUCUCUAUUCCAGUGAUCAGCAACUCUGUAAAGGCUCGCAACAGAGUUCCCAGCUUGCUCCCUGAGAUAGUUUUUUAAACAAGAAAUGCCAAGGGUCUGAGCCUGAGUCCUUCUGUAUGCACAGUCUGUCCUCUGUCACUGAGCUGUGCCCCCUCCCUCAAGUGUCACAGGAGGCACAGUUACUCUAAACCCGGUUUGAUUGUCCUUGACGGUUUUAAAACACCAGCUUUGGCGAAAUCUGCAAAAAAAUUCUAAUCAUAACUGCAUGCACAGCAAAUCCCGUGACCUUAAGACUAAGGUGAACUGUCGGUAUAAAUUCACAAGCAGUUCUGGAAAGUUUGCAUUGCUAUUUAUAAGCAUGCCAGCUUUUAAGGAAUGAAUCUGUAAUGCUGCCAAGGACCCUUGAGACGACAUCUAAGGACCCUGCUGAAUUCUAGAAUUUAGUGUGCUCUUCUGCUUUGGAACAAGUCCCCAUAGAUUUCUUGAAGUUUUAACUAAAAAGGCCUAUUUGAAUAUUUGGCUCAACUCUGGCUGAAAUCCUGCACACAGCUAGGCUGCAUAAAUCCCAUACACCUCAGUGGGAUUUUAACAGCCUCAGCUGUGUGCAGAAUUGCACCCAAAAUCUCUUUAGCAUCCAUGCUGAUUGGAAAGGGGCAUUAAGUAGCUGCUUGCAGUCAGCAUGCACAACCUAGCUGGAAUGCAUUGAAUCUAUUUUUGCUUUUUAAUAACUGCAGUGGUUUUGAAACAUACUAUUCUCAGUAAACCCUUUCCACAUCAGCUAUUUGUGCAUCUGCCAAAGGACCCUGAUGUACUGCAGAACAUCCUGAGGCAUGUUCUAGGGCACCCAUGAAAAUAAGGUGGGACCCUGGCCAGACCUUUUGGGUCUCAGUAUUGCCCUGCUUGAUCUGAGAAUGUGGCCUAGAAAACACCCAUCCCUCUCCCAUGACUGUAGGUGGUGCACAAGUUGUUUCUCAGUAAAGCUUGCUCACCAGUACUGACCUGAUUGAGGAGCCCUUGCAAGCUUCCUUGGCUGUCCAGUGUUUCCCAGAACAGGGUUUAAAAGCCACUGCCUUUGCUUCUGCUACUUGGUUCUCUCUCCUUGACUUGCAGGGAGUCUCUUUCCUACAAGAGCACUGAGCUUCUCAAGAAACUGCGAGCUGCUGGUGUUGGAGAUAGACCUCUUGUAUGGCUGUCACACAGCAUGGGGGGCAAGUUAUUUAAUUUUUUCUUUAAAUUGCACUGUUCUGCAAUUUCAUGUAUUUCAACCAUGUUAACUAGGGGUCGUUGAGGAAUUUGACCUUUGUGAACUGACCUAAUCCACAUCACCCUAAAUUAUGUUAUAAUUAUGUUUCGGAUUUCACAUUUCCCCCAAUUUUGCAAUGUUCUUUUAAAAAUGCACAUUUUUAGGAUAAAACAUAUUUAGAAAUGCAUGAUAAAAUAUAUCUAGGAGUGCAUGUUCUGUGAGAAAUUACUUUCAAAAAUAGGUAUUUAAAUACCUAUUCAGAGACAGAUAUUUUACAAAGAUGGCAUGAACCAGAAAUAGGCUGACAUGUCCAUCCAUAAUGUUAACUGGGUGUAAAAAGAUUACUUCUAUUUGAGGACCAUGAAAGACUAUAUAUGUUUCGCAAGAACUGCCACAGGACGUGGUAUCAUGAACUGGAGGGCCAACAGCAAUUUUCCUAACAUACAUGUGGUUGGUGCUCAGACAGUGGAGGCUUUUUCCUGUGCCAUUUGUCGAAUUUCAGUUUUGGACCCGAUUGUCUCAUCUGUACAAAUGGAUAAUUAGGUUGGCAGGCCCAGUUCCAUGGGUUUUAGGGUGGGGGGCAGGUUGUGGGCAGAAUGGCAUAGUGGUCUCCCAGCACUGACCACUCUCUUACUUGGGGCUCUGGUGGGGCUGCUGCAGCUGCCGGCCUUGUAUUUCACCCUCAUGCUUGUGAGUGGGGUUACCUAGUAACAGUGAUGUUAUGGGUAGGAUUCAAGCUGAAUCCAUUUAGCUCUCAGCCCAUUAUAUCAUUGCCACUGGGUGUGCCUGCUUCUAAGAGGGAGACUAGUCGCCUCUCCCUCAGAGAGCCAAAAUGGCAGCUAGCGGGGACCCCAGAUGAGGAAUUGAUCUGCUGAGCCCUGCUAGGAUGGAUAUGCUCCCAAUAUGCCAUGUGCUGACAUGUCUCUGCAUUGGCAUAUAAUCAUUUGGAUAUACAUCUACCUUGACAUUACCUGCCAAUAGUUACUUUAGCUCACCAUUUUGCCUGUCAACGGCAAUCUCUUUAUAAAAGACCUGUGGGUAUAGGGCAGUAUAUAAAUUUAAUUAAUAAUAAUAUGUGUGCCUCCCUACAUGUGGCGACUGUUGUCAGUGUAAUAAUGCUGGCUGAUUGGGCAUGGUGUCCUGGGUUGGCUGUGGUAUCCUCACAUGGGAUGUUGCCACAGGCUGCACCUUUGCAGUUGCUGCACCUUGUCUUUAACGUUUAUUUGAAGAGAUUGUUCUGGCAACGAACAAGUCAUCAACAUGUAGAAAGUUUAGAUAGGCAAUAAGGCCACAAGUUGUUAAUUUUCACAAAACCAUUAUUCAGAUUUUGAGUAAUACCCAACUUCCAGUUGGUGCAAAAAACCCCACAAAAAACCACAGGGCAUAUAUACAGUUAAUGUCCAUAAAAACCAACAAGAAGUUCUUAAAUUCUCUGCUGUUCUACAGGGUGAUUGGUUAGGGGCUGCAUAGAAUAUAUUUGGGUUUUUUAUCAGUGUUGUUCAAGAAUUCACUUUUCCCAGUAGUAGAAUAAUAUAGUAGCUUGUUUUUUAAACAGUGUAAGCUCUUUAAGUCAAUUUACUGUCUUAGUCAAUCCCUUGAUAGUUACCUCAUAUUUUCUCCAGAAUAUUCUCCAGUAGUGGGAUCUCAACUAUUUUCCUUGCAGAGAUUCUGAGGAAACUAAAUUAGGGAAUUGAAAACUGCAUGUUAAGUGUAGGGAUUUGACUCAGAUCUGUUUUAAUUGAAUGUUACAUUGGUGGAAAAGCAAAAAAGCAGUGGUUUUUAGCUAUACACAUCUUUUCUCUGACAUAAUGAGUAUACCAGGAUGAUAGUUAUGGUUGGCUAACAGACCUUUGAGGUAAAAGUAAAACUUCACUAAAAAGGAGCAAGUGGGCCCCCCCAUUUUUAUUUGCAAAUAGAAAGAAGAGGGUUUUUAAAAAAACAAAUAAAUCAAAACACGGCAACAAAAAAACAUUGCUAGCUGGCAUUAACAAGAAUAAGAUUACAUUCCUCUUAUUUAGUAUAUUACCAUAUCUGCCUAACUGACAGAAUGUAUUAGUGCUUUUCUGCAUUUUCAUCUUCGAGGAGCACAUCUAACAGAUGAAGGAGAAAUAGGAUGUUUUGUACAUUAAUUUAAGCAUCAUUCUUGCAUUGGUCCUACUUUAUAAAUAUAUUUUCUUGUCAGGUCUCCUGGUCAAGAAGAUGCUUCUGGAUGCUUCCAAGGACUCUGAUAUGGAUUCCAUUGUAAACAACACCCAGGGAAUUGUGUUUUAUAGCGUUCCUCAUCACGGCUCCAGGUUGGCUGAAUACUCAAAAACUGUUAGAUUUCUGCUUUUCCCCUCUGUGGGCGUUAAGGAACUCAGCAAAGGUAUGCUUUGGUUGCAGUAAUUUAAUAUUUAGAGAGUUUGCAUGCACACAAACCAUUUGCGUUGUUUUUACCUUGCUCAGGAAUGUAUUUAUUUGUGGUGCUUAUUCCCCGCAUUUCCUCAGUUGAGCUCAAAGCAGCUAACAAUAAAUUAAAACCAUUUAGACAACUAUAAAGUAACAAUAAAAGUAAAACUUCACUGAAAGGACAACUGCUCAAGGCCCCAAAGCCUUCUUGAAGAAAGUUCAAUGGAAAGAGUUCACAACACAGAGAGAAUAUAGAUAUUGCAAAUCUGACUGAAAAGCGGAAGGGAACUGUACAGUGAUCUGUAAAUGGCACGCUGUCUAAGACUGUGUUGCUUGCCUGUGCCAUUCUAAUACUAAUCCCUCAGAAGCAGGGCUUGACAGCAGAUGUGCCUGUCUGAACUUAAAUCUAGUUAUUCCAAGUGCACCUUUCAUAGGAAAAUGCUGCAUGCAAACACAAUCAGAAAUAUGCAUUUAAUUUUCUUUCUUGUUCCCCUAGAUUCUCCUGACCUUAAAGUACUGAACGAUGACUUUCUUUCAUUUGCCAAGGAUAAGAACCUUCCUGUGUUGAGUUUUGCAGAAACAAUGCCAACACGAGUCAGCAGAGUUCUGAGCCUGCAUGUAGUACCAGUGGAAUCUGCAGGUGUGAUAUUCUCAGCAUUCCCUUUUUAAAAAUGUAUUGAUCUGGCAAGAUAUAGCCAUGCGAGUUCUGUGAUAGAAACAUCCAGAAAUGGAUGCAGAUAGAAAAGAUGGUAUAAAAAACCAGCGUUUCAGAUAAAUUAAUGAUUGACAUCUUUCUGGUGUAAGGCUGGAUCAGCCACUCUCAAAGAAACCCUUCUCCCAACUUCUUCCUCUCUUUCUCAUUACACAUUGCUUGCAUUUAAAGUGCUGUGGGCAUAAAUUUAUAUGAACACUUUCAGUAGCACAGUAAAAAGGUUGGAGCCACAGUUUCCAUGCAUUGUGUAUUAAAAGUUAAGUACAGUCGUACCUUGGAUCCCGAACGCCUUGCAAGUCAAAACAUUUUGGCUCCCCAACGCUGCAAACCCAGAAGUGAGUGUUCCAGUUUGCGAAUGUUCUUUGGAACCCAAAUGUCCAACAGGGCUACCGCGGCUUCUGAUUGGCUGCAGGAGCUUCCUGCAGCCAAUCGGAAGCUGUGACUUGGUUUCUGAAUGCUUCGGAAGUUGAAUGGACUUCUGGAACGGAUUCCAUUCAACUUCCGAGGUAUCACUGUACAUGGAUUUAUUUAAUGUAAUUAAAUAAAACAGAGCUCCAGCAGCCAUACGUAAUAGGAAUAGAGGUAUCAGUGGCUGCUAUUGAUGAUAGUUAACGUGUUGUUUCCGGUAUCUCAGGCAGUAAGUCUCAGAAUAGCAGUUGCUAGGGAGUGCAAGUAGGGUGAAUUUUACUGUGCUCAUGUGCUGAGGUGGAUUGCAGAGUUGUGGUGCAGAGUAGGGAUGUGGCUAAGUUUUAAAAUAUUGAAUCUUUGCAACUGGAAAACUCCCCCCACCCUAACAGCUAAAACAGAAAUGACAAGAGAAACCCCCAAGACUAUAUGAAGCUGUCAGAUUUGCAUUUUUUUGGUACAGAAGGUAUUGGAUUAAAGUGUAGAGAUCUUUCCUAUUCUAAUUAAUUCAAGAGGGUUCUGCUCUGUGUGAUCCAAGCUGAUGCAAGCCGGAAGUUUCUAGCUAACAAGCAAGUUUCUAUUCUGCCUGGAAACAGGCAGGAGGUUCCUGAUGUUUGGCUUAUUCCUUCAGAGAAGCUGAACAGCUGGUUUAAACUGGUUCUAUUACAGUGGUACCUUGGAUUAAGAACUUAAUUCAUUCUGGAGGUCCGUUCUUAACCUGAAACUGUUCUUAACCUGAUCUUAACCUGAGGUACCACUUUAGCUAAUGGGGCCUCCCUCUGCCGCCACGCGAUUUCUGUUCUCAUCCUGAAGCAAAGUUCUUAACCCGAGGUAUUAUUUCUGGGUUAGCGAAGUCUGUAACCUGAAGCAUCUGUAACCCAAGGUACCACUGUAUCUCUUUAUGUCAAAGUCUAUAAUAAUAGGCCAGAAGGAGCCUGAGUUUCACUUUCUGUCUCUCUUUCCUUCUAGUGUGGUAUUCUGUAUAUAGUAUGCUAAGUGUUAAGAUCUUAGUCUUAUUGUAAGUUUAAGUUAAGUCUGCUGCAACUGGAUUUCUCAUGGAGUGUGCCGAUCCUGAAGAUGUAUGAAUUUGUGACCGACAUGCUCAUUUGCCUUCAGUAGUAAACUCUGCUGGAUGAAAUUGCCUCUGGUCUAUUAUUGGGAAUCCUGCAACAUGUUUGUGCUUUACUCUGCUAACUGUACAUUGGGGUCUGCUCUGGAUCAAUAUGAGCAGAGUCAAUGACAGAAGCUUGCUCACUCUACCUUCUGUGCUUAACGCAUGGAUUACUGUGCCUAACAUACAUUUUAAGGUACUCUGCCUGCACUAUUUAAAACCUGGUUCCAAGGUAAAUUAUUUGCCCCCUCAAAAUUUUUGCUUAGCUCUGAUCCAUAGAUAAUUGUUGGCACACACAAUAGAAGCAUGACUGGUUGUCCCCACAUAGCAAAUGGGAAAGUACAUCUCCACCAGUAUCACAAGAUGGGUGCUGCUGUGUAUCAUUUGUGUCUUUUCCUUGACAUUCAUUGGUGCUGACUUUUGUUAUUUGUUUUUUUCCAGAUUUAGGCAUAGGAGAGCUCAUUCCUGUAGAUGUCAGCCACUUGAAUAUUUGCAAACCGAAGAACAAGGACUCUUUCCUCUACCAAUGCACACUAAAGUUUAUUCGAGAUUCUUUAGAAAGAAAGCUGGGAAACUGAGGAACUGCGCACCAGAGCUUUACUUCUUUGAUGUAAUUCCUAACACAUUCUUGGACUGAAACGGGCAGAAUUGACAGGUACAGCACAAGGUUUUUUUUGCUGUCAAUGGCUUUUUAACAAGUCCUCUAACUGCUGACCUUGGCGUGUACCUAGGAUAUGAAAGUGUGUAGAUGCACUUCCGUACAUCUCACAGAGAAAAUCCAUGGUAGCUUUGGUUCCCUUUGCCUUUAUCGCUAUAUACUUUACCUGGUGGAAGCAUACAAGAAAAGUCCUGUUUGCUACUUGAGUUGGAAGCACUUUUUGCCUGAGCUUGUAAUGGGAUCUUUACAGUCCAGUAGGAAAUACAUGAAAUGGCCUUUUUACCCGAAAGUAACCCUUCUUCCCUUGAAAGACAUGACCCUGCUUGCUGCUGCCUGUUAGAACCCUGCUGUGCAGACCCAGGCUGCAUUUUUCAUAGAUUCGUUUUAGCCAGACCCAUGUACUUGCUGGUUUGGGGUUGAGCACAUGCUGAGACGUAAUGUGUGGGUGUACUGUGAGGAGUAAAUGUCCUGACAUAGUACACCGUAAGGACACGGGAUUACCCAUCAGCAACAGAAAUGCCAGUUUUAUGGUAUGAUUUCUUAUUAGACAAAUUGGUGUGAUAAAGAAAGACCUUGAGCUGUCUGUAAAUAAUAGAGAAAAAUUGUAUAGUGACAUCUAAACCUGCAAAGCUAGACUGUGCCAUUUGCAUCUGUUUUCCAAGAAGAAGCAAGAAUAUCCCUCAGAGUGUAGAUUUGCUACCGCAUUUGUUUUAGAAGCAGGGGAAACACUUCAGUUGCUGCAAAUCCUGUGUUCGCUUAUUUCAGAGAAAGCCCUGUUGAGCUCAGUGGAACUAACUUCCAAUGAAGCAUACAUAAGAAUUUCUUUUAAGGACUAGUUCAUUUUAUUAUUCCCAUUGUGAUGGCCUUUUCUCUAGUCAUGUUAAAUCAGAGUGUUGUGGGAAGGAACCAAACUUUAAAAUCAUUGCUUUCUCCUGCAUGAAAGGCUGAAUUAAUGCAAAUAGCUUUCUAAACCUUCACUGUCAUUGUGGUAGCAUAGAAUGUGUUUGCCACAUACAUUCUAAAACUCAAUGGACACAAACCUAAGGCCUACAUCAUCUGAACAGCUCAGCCAAUUCUAUACUGUAAUAUCCAGAAUGCCAAGCACUGCACAAGGGAAGGAUUCUUCCCUUUGAAUAAAUUUCAGACACAGUUAUUUAACGGUUCUUCUAGUCUAAGAACAGAUGUAUUGAUCAACUCUCAGUGGCCUAAUUCAGACAUUAUGCUAAACCAUGGUUUGAUAACACUACACAAUCUAGAAAUUUCUGAUGUGGAGUUGUGCUGUUCUAUAUCCCAUCUGCUUAGCAUUUCCAUGUUAGCUGCUCUGGAGGUGAAGUAAAAGCCAUUAUUAUGAAUGGUCUAACCAGAAAGCAUGCCAAACCAUAAUUAGCACAAACCCACUUUAUUGAUUUGUCUUCUCCUAUAACAAACUGUGGUUUGAACAUGAUGGCAAACCUUAUCUAAGUUUCCUUAACCAUGGUUUGAUUGAUAACUGAAUAGAGCCAUUUUGUAUGUAUCAAAAAAAUCUGCCUACAAGGCAGAAUGGGGGAGCUCUUUAUUAGAAACAAGCUACUGUGUUGCCUUGCACAGAAAAUGUUUUAUCUGCAACGUUGGAGCUGUUUGAAGCAGGUCAUGUUCCCCUUCUCCCCUUAAAUUAAUCACAUGUGGUUUAUACUGUAAAUAUAAUUUGUGUAGUAUCUGUGUUUGGGCAUUUUCAAAUAAAACCAAAAGAAUUUUAAUGUUUGGAGAUGCUAAACUUUUAAAGCUGGUUAAAAGUUAAUAUAUUUUAUAUUAAGCAAUCACCUGCAGUUGUAACAUAAUACACCUAAGACAAGCAUGGGAAACUUGUGAACCUCUCAUCAUUCCUAGAAUCAUAGAAUCAUAGAGUUGGAAGAGACCACAAGGGCCAUCGAGUCCAACCCCCUGCCAAGCAGGAAUCCUGCCUGAGUUAAAAUCGCCUGUAGGAUUGCAGGUUCCUCGCUCUUGGCUUAAAGGUAAAGAGUAUAAAUAAAACACAGCUGCACUUUUAACUCUCACAAAACUCUCAACCAAGCCUCGCUAACCACUUGACGGUGCAUGAUGUCAUUUCAUUUUGGAAACUAAGUAGGUCAGAGCCUGACCAAGUGCAGACCAAAGGAGGCUGCCUGGAAAGGCUCAUAUCUGCCACUGGGCUUGAGAGUUCAAGCUGCCAUAGCAGAGACUGCCAAACAUCCAUCCACCUCCACCCCAAGAAUCUGCUUAAAGUGCUUACUGAGCACAGUGAAGCUGGCUGUUGGGGUCACCAACUUCUAGCCCUGCUCCCGUGCCUUUAAUAGCCUGUAAAAAUCAUAAAUUAGGUAGCUAAAACUUCUGUCAGUCUUUAAGAACAAGACUCCAAGGGUCAUCUACUCCAGCCCUCUGCAAUGCAGGAAUCUCAACUAAAGCAUCCAUGGCAAAUGGCCGUCCAACCUCUGCUUAAAAACCUCCAAGGAAGGAGAGUCUACCAUCUUCGGAGGGAGUCCAUUCCACUGCCAAACAGCUCUUACCAUCAGAAAGCUCUUCCUGGUGUUUAGUAGGAAUCUUCUUGCUUGUAACUUGAAGCCAUUGGUUUGGGUCCUAGCCUCUGAAGCAAAAUUCACAUAUAACUUGGUGCUACUUUUUCAAGACACACACACAAAUCAACCAUCUAUGAGUAGCAUAGGAGCUAAGAAGAGCACAUAAAUUUUUGCUGUAGUCAUUUCCACGAAGAUGAAUGUACAGUGGUUGUGGUGUAUAACAAUAAUUUGGGCUAGUCAACCAAAUGCCCACUUCUUCCUGUCACAUGAGCCAGUAGCUUACAGAUCUCUGGCGGGGGGGGGGGGGGGAUCUGUUUUCCAUUCCCUUACCCUUCAGCCUUUGGUUAAGCUAGCAGUGAGGACCCUCUGCCCCAUGGGCCUAAUUGAACCCAUCAGGCUUCUGAAUUUAGCCUGUGAGACCAUAUGGGGCAAUCCAUAGCCAUCCAUCAGUCAUAUGACAGAUUUCUGCACCUAUCUCUAUUAGCAAUCCCUUAUCUCUGAUUUCCUCACACGACAGCACUAAGAUGGGAGACGAGCCUCUUCUUGUUACUUAAUAGUAAAAAGCAUCAGGAGAGGCUUAUCUCCAGUCUUAGUGCUGUGGGACCAGUAAGUUUAACCAUUCAGCUCACAUCUUGUUAUGUGGGAUGAGUGUUCUCUUUCCAUGUGCUCUGCAGGGCAGGGGGGAAGAGCUGUGCUGUGUCAUCCUUUUUGAAAGAUGAGUGGCUGAAGUAACUUGGAGAGGUAAGGGGCAAUAACUUGCCAUGCUCUCUUCCUACUCUGUUUUGCAGUCUUGAUAAAAUGUUAAAACUAAGGCCUAGCUCACAUGUGUAUGUACAUGAUUUAAUCUCUCAUCACAUGGUUGCUUAAUGUUUGAUGGCUGAUAAGCUGUGAAAACUGUCACGUGGAACACCUUUUACACCAAAUUUGUAGAAAGUAUUGUGUCUAACUGACUUGUGAUUUGUUUAUGAUACUUCACUUUGACAUGACGCAGGUGAUGAGUGGACAAAUAAACAUGUGACCUUGUCCUAAACUGUAUAAUGGGUAACAAAACGUCUUGAUGAGGAACAACCAUGAAACCGAAAUUCAGUCUUCCUCUCCUAUGCCAUGAAUUAUUGAAAUAUUUUGUCUCUUAUCAGAUGUGCGAAUGUAUGUGGAUUUAUUUAGACACAGUUCUCUGUACGUAUUUCUAGAGUUGUAUCCUUAAGCACAAUUUUUAGUCUGGAAAUCAAAGUUCUGAUUUCCCAUCAAAAAACAUUUUAAAAACAGUCAAUCCACUUGACAGCUUUUUUUAUUAUUAUACCAAUACUUUUUUUUAUUAUUUGUAUUUGUUCAGACUGAGCAGCGUGAACUGCAAUUGAUUGCACAGAGGACGCUACUGGCAAGAUCUAAGUUUUAAUGAGAUAGCUCACCAGUGAGCCAGUUAUAAGAUAUAGUGCCAAAGGCCAGAUACUUCACUUCUUCAAGCAGUGUAAUAAAAAUAACUUUUAUUUGCAAUUU